AUGAAGAACUGGCUCCAUUACCCUAAGGAUGACAAGGAGUCCAUCCGGGUGGCCGGUUUCAUCGACACCAAUAAGGAGGAGACCAACCUCUGCGCGGAAGAUCUGGUCCGGGCUUUUCUCGCACGCCGGGUGCUGCCCCUUCAGCGGCGUGCCCACAAGAUCAGCCAAAUGUCGGGCCCAAUGGACCCGACAAGGAUCAAAACUCACCGGUUGAGCUCCACUGACUUGGUCCUUAAGGCCAAGCAGAUUUUCCAAAACCCGCUGAGUCCCAGCGGGAAGUAUGGGCUGGCCCCUUACAGCCGUAGCAAUUCUCCUCCGCGGCGAGUAAGACUUCGGGAUCUUCGGAAAGCUUUUACCGAUCUCCGCUCAGCCCGCGCUAACCCCCAGGUAGUGGAGCGCACUGUCCCGCUGCAGGCCGAGGUUGGCCAGGAGUUCCUGGACAACUUAGCCUCUCGGGGCCAGAAGAACAAAGCCCCAGCCCCCGAAGCCGGCUCCAGCGAGGCUCCACCCGCCGAGCGCUCCCGGAAGGACGGCGGCAAACCCUACACCAAGAAGCGCUACCGGAGUCAAAUUCCGGUCGCUACCGGCCUCACCAGGAGCGCCACCGGCAUGAGGCCGGAAACCUCCGAGGACGCUGCCAGAGCCUCUCCUCCCCCUCAAGCAAAGGAGGAUUCAUCUUCCCCUCCUGAAGCUAAAGACACCGGCACCAGCAACAUCGGCGCCGGCACCGAAGAACCUGAGCGGGCGGAACCUCCGGUUCCCCCGACUCCCAAGAAGAAGAAGAAGGCAUCUGCCUCCCCCUCCAGGACCAUGCCGGAAGCUUCCGCGCCGGCAACAUCCUCUCCGGCUAAGGAGACGCCGGAGGCUCCCGCGCCAACUCCUCCGGCAGCUCUUUCCGGCAAACCAGCUGGCGGCAAGCCAUCCAAACCGGAAGGCGCCAAGCUUACCGCCCAGCAACUUGCUGCGGUGGUCACGGCGGCAACUUCUCCUUCCUCCGGCUCGCAGACGCUAGUGCUGUACGCCGGCCGCGCCGCCGUUGUGGCCAGUGAGAAGGCCUCAGCUCAGCUGGGCCGGAUCACUGAGCUCAACCGCGGCGAGGCAGAUUUGUCUCCGGCGACCCGCGGCCUUGGGAAGGAUAAGCUUCCGGUGAUCGACCCUUUCGGCCCGCCGAGCACCGUGCAGCACCUCAGCCGGCUCAGGCGCGCAGUCAAGGAGUUUGACACCGCGUGGCACGAUGCCAGCGGCAACGUGGUGGGCACCUUGGACACCCGGAAGCAACUCUUUGAGGAGCUUCUGUGGGAGCACCGGUACCUCUCCGAGGCCCACAGCAAAUGCCAAGCUGCCCUUCCAGAAGCUUCCUUUGAGGACCUCACCGCCCAGCUUUCUGCGCUCAAAGCUGAAAAGGAGCAGCUCGCCCUCGAGCAUCGCAAAGCCCUGGACGCACAGGAGAGCCUCUCCGCUGGGCUAAAGGAUCAGCUUAUGCGGGCUGAACUCCGGCACUCGCGGGAGCUGAAGGAGGCGCAGGCUGCUGCGGAGGCCAAACUGGAUGAGUCUCUGAAGGACUUAUCCAACGCUAGCACGCAACUGUGGAAGGAGUGA